UUCAGUUCGAUUCACUCCAUCAACAGUACCAUGCUUUACCUCUUUGCUCUCUUUUUGUUUCUGGCUCUUGGCAAGACCCAGACAACUACAUUCGCUACAAGCACCGUCCCACCGCCACCAUCCGCAACGACCACACCUCCAAUACCCUGCGGGACCUUUCCCUCCUGCCCAGAGUCCCAAACCUGCACAACCGCCGUCUUUUUCACCCCGACCGCCUCCUAUACAACCACCGUCACCUGCGUGCCGAAGCCAACUUGCCUAGGCGUUUACGAGGUCUGCUCCUUCGGAAGCGGACUCAGCUGCUGUUCCGGCUACUGUGCUGCCAGCCACUGUCGAAAUACCGACCCCAACUGGCCGUACUGCCAGGAAGAUAUGGGGGUCUGUCGCGGGGAUGCGGAUUGUUGCUAUGGGAAUAAGUGCGUGGCUGGGAUCUGUUUGCGAGGGGUGUGAUGGCGAUUGCCUUGAGAAGUGGUUUCGAAUGAUAAGGUAGUGAUAGGGACGGAGGAAACAUUGUGGGAUGGGCUGCAAUGAGACCGAGGGCCG